GAACACCAUAUCAGCCAUCAAUUGAAAUGAUUAGUCAAUAUUGACUGCAAAUGUGUUGACUAAACAAAAUUUAUGACUUUUUUCCACUAUUUUUCAAUAUAUUUAACUAUAAAUUAUUUUUUAGAAAACUAUAAAUCAAUUAUAAAUUAAUUUGAUUAUAAUUGACACAUAAAAUGCAUUGAAUUUUUUGGGGACACAAUUAAAUUGAAUUAAAUUAAAUGAUUGACUAAAUUGAUUGUAUUAUUGCAAUACAUGUGUUGUGACAUCAAUAACAACAACAAUAUAUUUGACUGAUUUGUAGACAACAACACAAACUGGUGUUUGUAUUAAUUGAUUGAUAUUUGAAUUAUUAUUAUUAUUAAGACAUCGAUAGUAAUCAACACUUGAAUCAGAUUAAUGUCCGGCAAUUUGUCUGCAAAUGACUGCACCGACAGUCACACCAGUGAUGGACAAAGAUAUGGUAUACACACAUCACCGGCACUACCGGUGCGGACAUUAAAUAUGUUUAAAUUAUUUAUACUAUCACUUGUGGUGUUGAGUGGUGUUGACUGUCUGUAUGAAGAUCAGGUCCAUAAGUUUGAUUGGAGAUCAAGAUAUGUCGGUCAUCUCAAAGAUCUGUCACUCAUUAAGUCAUCGACAGAUAAUUUAUGGCAAACACACCAAUCAGUCAUCUUAUCGACCAAAAGUCAAGUCCUGACCUCACUUUACAUACGCAACGGAACCAUUCAAUGGAGACAUCUCUUAGAGUCGGAAAUUGAUCUCUUUGUGAGCACCGGUGCCCGCGAUUGUCCUCUAUUUACCAUUAAUGGCGGUGGCGUUUGGCUCAGAUGCUGGAGUCUCGACGGCGUUAUUAUAUCGGAGAAAAGUUUGUCAACCGAUUUCAUUGAAGAAAUUGAAAGCUCUGAAGAAAAUUUCCGACUCUUCUUCAGCUUAAGUAGCGAUUUAUCACAGAUAAUGGUCGCGAAGUUUAAUCAGAAACAACAUUCACUUGAAUUAUAUAAUUUUGAUUUAAAAAGUCAUUCACUGAAGACAUCAUCGACUCCUAUAUCUAUCGGCAAUUGGUUUACCGAAAGAACUUCCUGUGCUUUUAUGUCAUCAAAAUACCUGAUUUGUGUCGAUGAUAGGGAUUUAGUAUUACAAUACUUAAUAGUUGGUGAAUCCAAAGCUUUCAAUGGUGUCCCACUUUCUUCUUUUGGUUUAAAUGCUAACACUAAACCAAAAUAUCUAAGACUUCAAACACUUCCCCAUCAAGAGGAAGAAGAAAAACCUUAUUUUGGUUUGGAUUUAGGUGGCGAUGGUUUUGUUGUUCUUCGUAUUAAUCAAAAACAGAUUGAAUUAAUUAAAGUAUUGGCUAAAGUGUCAGCAAUAACACUGACACCUGUUAUCGAUACUAAUCGAUUGGCCUUAUGUUCACUGGCGACCAAAGCCAAUCCCAUAAUACCUGAGGAUGCACUGGAAAGUCCUACACUGACCACUGGAAUGAAAAUAGUUUCGUUUGAUUUAGAGACCGGUUCUGAAGUGUCAGCCCUUUCGGGUCAGUUUGUACUCAAUGGUCACAUAAUUAUCGAUAAGUUUGAUAUCAUUCCUAUUAUUAGAAGUGAUAAUAAAUAUAUCUACAAAAUAUUGAUUAAUACUGAAGACUCUACUCUAAUAAUUACGAAUUUCUUGGGCAGAACUUCCUGGCGUAGGGAAGAAGCACUCAGUCGUAUCAGUAGUGCUGAGUUCAUGGACUUACCGUUAAGUGAAUUGGAUGCUAAAAUUGAGCAGACAUUUACAUUUGACGGCACAAACAUUUUAUCACAGUUUUUACACCGAAUCUCUACUCAAGUGAAUCAAUUGCAGACAUUCACUGCCAAUUUAGCCAAGCAAUUGGUUCAAACAUUUGCUCAGCGCCCGGUGCGACGUAAGGUGGAUGAUAACAAUGAUGAAGAACUUAGUGAUGGUAAUACCGAUCCGGCUGUAAUCAAAGACAAUGACAAUAACGAGCCAUUAGUUAGAGAUAAGUUUGGUCUUCACAAAGUGAUUAUUGCUUUGGCAGAGAAUGGCAAACUAUUCGGUAUUGACUCGACUACCGGUGCUGUUAUUUGGUCUCUAUAUGAGCCUUAUUUAAAGCAUGAGUUGAAUGCGAAAAACAAAUUACCGAUUUUGGUACAAAGGACGACCGCUCAUUACCCGUUUCCGGCCCAAUGUUCUGUAAUCAAUAAAAAUGGAUAUAUUUUUUCAUUUAAUCCCAUCACCGGUGAAACAAUAGAACGGAUCAAAUUGGAAGUGGGGGUCACACAGACUAUGCUAUUGAGUCAUACGGAUAGUAAUUAUUUGAAACCAAUACUCAUAUUAGACGAUAAUCUCAAACCAAUCAUUUAUCCCUCAUCAGCGAAGUCAUUGUUUCUGACAAAUAAAGAUAUUUAUUUUAUGCUUAUUUCAUACAAUAGUGGCUCUCUUAGAGGAUUAUCAUUUGCAGACUCAACUGAUACUGAGUUAAAUGCAAAACAAAUGUGGAGUAUUGACUUACCCACUCCUUUCAAUAGUCUUCAAGUUGUGUUUAAGCGCUAUGGAGAACAUGUCCACUCACAGGGACGGGUUAAAGGGGAUAGGAAUGUCCUCUAUAAGUAUUUGAAUCCUAAUUUAGUUGCAAUUGUCGGCGAAUCUAUUGAUAGUCAAGAGAAAACAUUUGUUGUCUUUUAUUUGGUGGAUGCUAUCACUGGCUCUGUUAUCCACACAACUGUCCAUAAACGGGCCAAACAACCCAUACAUAUCGUUCAUUCAGAGAAUUGGGUUAUUUACUCGUUUUACAACGAAAAGUCGAGACGAACAGAGAUAUCAUCGGUCGAGUUGUAUGAAGGGUUAUAUCAAAGUAAUUCAAGUGCUUUUUCAUCGCUGACCCGCAACCCACUGCUGCCGUCACAUGUCGAAGAAAACACAUUUAUAUUUCCCACUGGUAUUGAUGUUAUGGCUGAUACCGUCACAGAAAGGGGUAUUACUAGUAAACACAUAUUAAUAUUUCUACCAUCUGGAGGAUUACUAGAGCUGCCGAAGGCCUUUAUUGAUCCGCGCCGACCAUUAAAACCAACUCCCGAACACAUGGAAGAAGGACUUAUACCAUACAUUCCAGAGUUGCCGAUUCCAGCCGAAGGAAUCAUUAAUUACAAUAAGACACUGACAGCCAUUCGUGGCAUUCAGACUUCGCCAACUGGUCUUGAGUCGACAUGUCUUGUGUUUGCUUAUGGAUUAGAUUUAUUUUACACUCGAGUGACUCCAUCGAAGACAUUCGAUGUACUUAAAGAUGAUUUUGAUUUUAUAUUGAUAUCAGUUGUAUUGAUUGCAUUGAUAGCGUUUUCAUACGCCACCAAAUGGUUGGCAUCACGUAAAGCACUUAACGCCUCCUGGAAAUAGACUUAUUAAUAGUUUA